GAAAGUGAAACUUAAAGCUGAAUUCCUCAUUGCUGAACGGAGCUGAGACGCCAUUACAGGGUUACUCUGACGGGGAUUAAAAUCUCUCAUUCAAAGGGACACAGAUUUGGUGAGUCUUGCUGUUAAAGGAUAAUUCACAUAUCAGAGCAAAUGGCUGAGAAAACUGCUCUUGUUGAAAGUUUCCUGAGCUGCCAUGUGUGUUCAGAGACUUUCAGAGAUCCUGUGUCUCUGAGCUGCAACCACAGCUUCUGUUCAAGCUGCCUGCAGAAAUUCUGGCAACAAGCUAAAAACAAAAACUGUCCCAUUUGUAAAAGAAAAUCCUCAAAAGAUGAACCAGCAUUAAAUUUUACACUGAAGGAACUGGCUGACUCCUUUGCUGGGAGACAGAAGAAUGAUUCACCUGAGACAGAAAAAGAAAAGGAGAAAGAGGAGGUGGUGUGUGAUAAACAUCCAGACGUCUCUUAUUGGUUCUGUAAGGAUGAAGAUAGAGCUGUGUGUCCUGUCUGUGAGUUUUCUCUCCACCAGAGUCACAAGGUGGUUCCUAUAGAACAAGCAGUCAGUGAGCUGAAGGACCAGCUGAAAUGUGACUUAAAGUCUCUGCAGGACAAGAGGGACAAAUACAAACAAGUGGAGGAAACAUACAAUGAAGUGAUUCAACACUCCAAGAAGCAGCUGUUGUCCACAGAGAGGCAGAUCAGAGCAGAGUUCAACAAGCUCCAGCAGUUCCUGAAAGAGGAAGAGGAGUCCAGACUGGCAGCUCUGAGGGAGGAAGAGGAGCAGAAGAGGAAGACUCUCAGCAGAGAGAUGAAGAUGAUUGAGGAGCAGAUCUCUCUGUCACACAGUAUCUGUGCUGUUGAAGAAGAGCUGCAGAAACACGAGGUGCCAUUCCUCAGCAGUUAUAAAGCCACUCAGAGCAGAGCCAGAGUCCAGUGCUCACUGUCAGAUCCACAGCUGGUCUCAGGAGCGCUGAUAGAUGUGGCCAAACACCUGGGCAACCUGUCCUUCAGAGUCUGGGAGAAGAUGAAGGACAAGGUCCACUUCAGUCCUGUCAUUCUGGACCCAAACACUGCAAACCCCCGUCUCUAUCUGUCUGAUGAUCUGACCAGUGUGAGACGUGGAGACACAAACCAGCAGCUUCCUGACAAUCCAGAGAGACACACCAGGUAUCGCACUGUUCUGGGCUCUGAGGGCUUCAGCUCAGGGAAACACAGCUGGGAGGUGGAGGUGGGAGACCAUCCUGUCUGGUUUGUGGGUUUGGCUAAAGAGUCAGUUGACAGGAAGAGAGAGACAUCUGCUACACCAGAAUAUGGAACCUGGUGUUUAAUCUACUACAGUGGAAAAUACACUGAUGGAGCUGGUGAGACUGUCACAGUGAAGAAGAGUCUCCAGAGGAUCAGAGUCCAGCUGGACUAUGACAGGGGGGAGGUGUCCUUCUAUGACCCUGAAGACAUGACUCACAUCUGCACUCACAGAGACACUUUCACUGAGAAACUCUUCCCAUUUUUCAAUAUUGGAGCGGCUGGUGAUGCUAAAACUGCUGAUAUCAAAAUGUGUCACACUGAGAUUUCUCUGUCAUGUUCAGGGAGGGUGGUGAGCUCUCACUAACAUAUUUGGAUGUUUUAUAAUGGUGGUGUUUUGUUGUCAUUAACAGACAAUUCCAGUUUGUUCUUUGUGGGUGAGAAUCGAAAAGCUGUGCAACAGGUUUGUCAAAGGACGUCAUUGAGAAGUGACUUUCUCUCUGAACAGACUCAUAAAACAGAUGACUGUCACUGCAGCUCUGACACCUCACUGCAUCUAUUCAAUCAAGAGACCAAAUAAAGGCAUGUUAGUCAGAGCCUGAAGAACAUUUGGGUUAUUAAAGGUGUGCUGCCAUGUUAGAAGAGUUACAACAACAUGCAAAAACUCACUGACUGUCAUGUUGGCAGCUUUUGUUUCUCCGUCACAGAUAUGCCACAAUCCUGUUGUGUAUGAUGAGAAUGUUUACAGAACAUUCAACUGGUAAACAACUUCUCUGCUACCUUAAUAUAAUGUUUUCAAGUCUCAAUGUGUUCCUGUCUACUGACUAACUGACUGUUGGAAGAAUAACUGCUACAAGAAAAGAUGCAGAUGAAGAUCUAAAUGAAGAAAGAAAGAACAUCUGGUUAUUUUUGACUUCAUGUUUAACUUUGAAAGAAUAAAGUUUUGGCAUUUUGACUUUCAGCAGAUUGUAAAGACACUGAC